AUGGAGUAUUAGAAAGAUAUAUAUGAUAUUUUAGUUUAAUCAAAAGAUUUAGACUAAUAAAUAUACAAGGUAAUAAUCGAAAUGUUGAGAAAAAAUAAUAUUUCUGAAUCUUUAAAAUAUCUUACAGAUUAGGAAAACCUCUAAAGUUGCGAAUAACGCAUUUUAAAAGCUAUGAAUUUACCAAUUGCCGAUUAAGAAAAGAAAUUAAAUGUGGCUUAAAAAAAAAUAAAGAUAAUGAUAAAUAUUAUGAAAUAAAUUAAAAAUCAUGACUUUAAUAAAAAAAAUUAUUGUACAGAUGCCUAGGAAGAAUAUAGAAAAGAGCUAUUUUAAAAAAUAUCAAAAGAUGAGCAAAUUGUCUAAUUGUUAAAAUUUUUAGUUCAGCUCACAGCUAUAGAUAAGUAAUUCAUAUAAAGCGGCUCGAACUCACUAAAUAUAUUA